CUUCAAAAUUUUCCGGCAGAUGCCGGUAAUUCCUCCUUUCCUGCAGCACGAUUAUUAACGUCAAAUUUAGUAUUUUUUCGUCUCAGAAUGGCAAGUUUAGCAAAAAACCUCCGAUUAUUAGCUAAUCAAGUCGCAAUCUUGCGUUCUUACUCAACGAGACCCGCAACUUUCGCCGCACAAAAGUGGUACAGACAAAAUCAACUUCUUCAGCAACACACACUUUCGGCUCAUAUUCCGAUUCAAAUUAGAAAUUAUUCCCCAGCAACAAAAUUAACGAGAAAAGAAAUUGAAGAGCGUGUAUUAAGAACGCAACCUGGUCCACUAAAACGAUGUUAUAGUGCGAAACCGCCACUCACCUUAAAACUAAUCGCAGAUCGUGUGCUUUUGGUCCUCAAACUAUAUGACAAAAUCAAUCCCGAUCAGUUGGCGUUGGAGUCGCAUUUCAUCAACGAUUUAGGUUUGGAUUCACUCGAUCAUGUAGAGGUUAUUAUGGCGAUGGAAGACGAGUUUGGGUUUGAAAUCCCCGAUGUUGAUGCCGAGAAACUUCUUAAACCAGCGGAUAUUGUUCGAUAUGUCGCUGAUAAAGAAGAUAUUUACGAAUAAAAUAAAAGAUAAGAAGAUGAUUUAGAUAUCAUAAAUGUGUUUUCCUUUCUUAUUGUACUAUAUUGUACCUAGUUUAAAUAAAAUAAAAACAUUUGUUUGGAAA